GGGGGGGGGGGUGCUUUCUCCCGCGCUGAAUCACGUCGCCACCUCGUGGUAUAAAUAACAGAGCGCGCGCGCGGAGGGAAGCGGAGGACGCACGGAUCCAGCUGCGCGACAGACGCCUCGUGUGUUUCCUGCAUCUGAAAACUUGCUGAAGAUGAGGGUAGGUUGGUCUUUGCUGGGCCUUUGGCUCUUCUACAUCUCCGCUGAAUGUAUUCUUCUCCCCUCCAAGGACGACCUCAAACAUAUCUCUCAGCUUGGGGAGAAAUAUGUGCAUAAGGAGAUAGAAAAUGCCAUUGAUGGUGUAAAAGAGAUGAAGACAGUGAUGGAGAGGUCAGAGCAAGAUCACGAUAACUUCCUGUCAACGCUGGAGGAAACAAAGAAGCAGAAAGAGGAUGCUCUAAAGGCCGCCCAGGAGAUGGAGGAGAAGCUGAACGAGGAGGAGUCGGUGUGUGACGAAACCACGCGAGCCCUGUGGGAGGAGUGUAAGCCGUGCCUGAAGAACACGUGCAUUAGAUAUUACUCUCGAACCUGCAGCAGCGGCUCUGGGCUGGUGGGUCGACAGCUGGAAGAGUUCCUGAACCGGUCCUCGCCUUUCUCCAUCUGGAUAAACGGUCAGAACAUAGAGACUCUGGAGAAAGAGGACAACCAGCAGAAGCAGCACUUCGAGGACUUGGAGCGGCGCUACACUGACGUGUCUGACGGUGUGGACAGUAUCUUCAUGGACAGCAUGAGAGUAUUUGACCAUAUGCGCUCCCUGCACCAGCCCACGUGGUUCCGCAGGCCCUCGCGCAUCUACAGGUCUCUCUUCCAUGACCCGCUGUUCCCUGGCUUCCACAGCAUGUUCCAGCCGAUGAUGCAGAUGACUCAAGAGGCCUUCGGAUCACUCAUGGGCGGUGAUUUGAACUUUCCCUCUCAAGACGGCAACGUGAGCGAAGAUGUCAUCGUAACCAAGCCGUUCGGGAACGAUAAAAUGACCUGCAGGGAGAUUCGCCGCAACUCCGCCGGCUGCGUCAAACUCCGGGAGGAGUGUGAGAAGUGCAAGGAGAUCCAGCACAUAGACUGUUCCGGGAAGAAACCUCUGGAAGGUCCACUCAAGAAGGACCUGGAACAGGCUCUGGCUUUGGCCGAGAGAUUCACAAAGGAGUACAACAACCUCCUGAGGAACUUUGAGGAGGAGAUGUUCAAUACCUCGAAGCUGCUGGAUACACUGAGGAAUCAGUUCAGCUGGGUGUCCUCGCUCGCCAACCACACGACCAAUGACGAGGACAUCUUCAAAAUCCAAACGAUCAUCUGUAAGGAUACCGAGACCCCUGAGAAGCCAAGUGACACCAAGGUAUCCGUUAAACUGUUUGACGAGCCAGAAAUGAGCUUCACCGUGCCAGGAGAAAUCCCCUGGACCGACCCCAAGUUCUCAGAGGUGGUGGCUCAGGAGGCUCUGGAUCGAUACAAACAGAACACCGUUGUUGCUAAGUAAUCAUGAAGGAGGACGGGUGGAACGUCCCGUGGAAGAAUCGACCCAAUAAACAUCACAUAAAUACAGUUAAAAGCUCUUCCUGCAUUUAUCUCACAAAGUACCAAUAGCUGUUGUACUACUUAGCUGGGUGUUCUCUAUCUAGCAUAAUUCCUGCUGUAUCAUCCUGUGCCUAGGCAUCACAAGAUCCUGAGGCUUCCGAUUUCUCUGUAAUCAACUGGUGAAAUGACAAUAAAAUGUAUAAAUAAACCAGCUAAUUUUAUGUUUCGCUUUA